GGACAAUGUCCCAGCAACCGUUUCCUGGAAAGGGCAGUCUGUACCCACCAGAUACGUGGUUUUGCAAACCGACCUCUUAUAAGAGGCUCCCGACAGAACUCCCUUCAAAGCCUCCACGGAUACACGCAGAGGGGACUCGGUCGGAGAUAAGAGACACAAAUAGGUAUACAGACAGAUGCUCGCGUUUUCCAGCGGAGAUCGUGAUCUCGGGGCAAGGACUCUAGAGUGAAGCUCUCAAUAAUCACAACAGCUCUGUGAAACACCGCAUACCAGGAGAGUCGGGGUCCCGGGCGGAAAUUAUUGGAACUGGGGACGGCUCUGGUAAAGAAACCGCUGGUCUUCGGCCUCAAGGGGAAAGCAUACGCCUGCAACGCGACCAUGCCGACCCAAAACAACACCACCAACAGCAGCAUGCACGCCUCCCCUUGGUUUUCAACCGUGUUCUCAGCUGUCGGACUCCUCUCCAACCUCAUCGCGCUGAUGGUCCUCAUCAGCGCUUACAGAAAAGCACGGAGCCGCUCGAGGUCUUCCUUCUUGAUCUUCCUUUGCGGCCUGGUGUUGACGGAUUUCCUCGGCCUCGCCACCACCUCGUCCAUCGUCCUGACCUACCACCACAUCAAAUUCCGCUGGGAGGAAGUGGACCCUCAGCUGCACCUCUGCAGGUUCCUGGGAUUUUCCAUGGUCUUUUUCGGGCUCUCCCCGCUGCUGCUGGGAGCCACCAUGGCAGUGGAGAGGUUUCUGGGCAUAAACAAGCCCUUCCUGCGUUCCACCAACGCCUCGAAACGACGGGCUUGGUGCACGGUCUUCUUCGUCUGGCUCUUUGCCUUCUGCAUCGCCAUCCUGCCCAUCUGCGGCCUGGGGCAUUACGUGCACCAGUGGCCCAAUUCCUGGUGUUUCUUCAACAUGACAAGCAGCUCAAAUGAUGUUGCAUUUUCAAUACUGUUUUCUAGCGUUGGUGUGUUAUCUCUGGCACUGUCUGUUAUCCUGAAUACAAUCAGCGUGGUAACACUGUUCAAAGUAUGCUUCAGGAAACUCGGUGUUGAAAGGAGGAGAGAUCACGAAGUUGAGAUGAUGGUCCAACUCCUGGGUAUAAUGGUCAUCGCCACAUUCUGCUGGGCUCCACUGUUUGUAUUUACCUUCAACAAGACCUUGAUGGGUUUGCCCAACAAUGCAAGGCAGGGUAAAAAUCUAAUUAUCUGCAUUCGAAUCGCCACGUGGAACCAGAUCCUAGAUCCCUGGGUUUACAUAUUGUUUAGAAGAUCAGUUCUGAGGAAGUUCAACCCAAGUCUACGAUCAAGACCUUCAAUAUCAUCAUUAUAUCCCACUAUGAAUGCAUCAUACAGUAGAAGAUUCACACAAGGCUCAGUAACAACCUCCUAGUACACAGUUAUGGCUGAACGGACUGCCGCCAAACUAAACUUUAGAUAUACUUAUUUGUAAAUAAUGUAUUUUAUAUUAUAUUAAAGCUUUCUUCAUUGUAAUAUGUGUAACAUUGAUUGCAAACAAUAAUUGUUACUUUAAGACUGUCAAGCCCCUUUAAGAAUUGUGUUCUGUGACUAAUUGUUCCGUUGAUUGGAACAUCAUGUAACCCUGCUCAUCUGUAUCCACUUAUCACACGCCAGACUUUGUCCCGGACCGACCUCUCUCCCCUCUACCACAAUCAGUCUGAGGAAGGGUCCUGACCGGAAACAUUUCCUAACUUACUCCAGCACUUUGUUCACAAGUUCACAAGUUUUAGGAGUAGAAUUAGGCCAUUCGGCCCAUCGAGUCCACUCUGCCAUUCAAUCAUGGCUGAUCACUCCCUCCUGCUCACAUUUUCCUGCCUUCUCCCCAUAGCCCUUGACUCACGUUCUAAUCAAGAAUAUAUUUAUCUCUGCCUUAAAAAUAUCUACUAACGUGUCUUUUUAUAUAUAGUAAGUUUAGGUUGGAGACACACCAUAGGAACACCGAGUCCGUCAAUCCCCAUCCACUCUAGUUUUGUGUUAUCCUAUUUCUUCAUCUAUGCCGUUCACACUAGGGAACAUUUUACAGAGGCCAAUUAACCAACAAACCUGCACUUCUUUGAUAUGUGGGUGGAAACCAGAGCACCCGGAGGAAACCCAUUUGGUCUCUUAGAGGACGUGCGAACUCCACACAGAGAGCACCCGAGGUCUGGAUCGAACCCGGGUUCUUGUGAUGGGUGUUUGAUCAACAAUGCACAGCUUAUUUGAUCACUUUGUGUCACGGACAUUGCAGUGGAAUUGGUUAGAGGUUUUCAAAAAAACACAACUAUCACAUAUAUUCUUUUCAGGUAUCAGGAAAAACACAAUGUAGCCCAGUGACACUCGAACUCGACUGUGGCUGUAAAAAAAUGUCUAUAUUAAAAUGCUUUAUUUAAA